UCUGCCCCGUACACGCGCGCACAUACACACACUCACAGACACGCUGUGGGAGGCUUCCCCGGCUCCACUCCUAGUCCUCACACACGCGCUAACACACAGACAAGCACACACACAGACGCAGCCCCCUGUGUCUGUGUGCGCCCGUGGAGUGGGUAAGCAGGCGCAUGUCACCAACCAGCCACAGCAGCAACAGCAGCAGCAACAGCAGCAGCAGCAGCAGCAGCAGCCGCCAGCACCAUGCUUCCUCCAGUGCUCCUCUUUUCCUCCACCUCCUCCUCCUCCUCCUCCUCGUCCGCCUCCUCCUCCUGUGCCCUUGACCCCUCUCUUCCAAAAUGACUGCGCUGCCCUUGGCAUACCGCUGCACCCUGCUACUGACGGACUGUAGCCUGAAACCUCACCUCUCUCGACUACGGAGCGCUGCCAACCCCCCUCUGUGAGCUAUGGGAAAUGCUUCCGAUGUUCAUUUGUACGUAUCCAAAAUAUCCAGGGAGAGUGACAUCAUUCUGGCUUCCAUCUACACCAUCUUUGGUGUCAUGUCGCUCAUGGGGAACUCCACCCUGCUGUUCGUGGCCUACCGGAAGAAGUCCUCCCUCAAGCCGGCUGAGUUCUUUGUGGUCAGCCUGGCCAUCAGUGACCUGGGCAUGACACUCAGCCUCUUUCCUUUUGCCAUCCCUUCCUCUUUUUAUCACAGAUGGCUGUUUACAGAGUCCAUGUGUAUGGUCUACGCUUUCUGUGGCAUGUUCUUCGGCCUCUGCAGUCUCACCAACCUGACGAUCCUCUCCAUGGUGUGCUGGCUGAAAAUCUGCUGCCCAAACUAUGGCAGUAAGUUUGCCACGCGCCACGCCUGUCUGCUGGUGUGUGCCGCCUGGUGCUACGCCCUGAUCUUCGCCGUGGGCCCCACGACCGGCUGGGGCGAGUACGGCCCCGAGCCCUACGGCACGGCCUGCUGCAUCAACUGGCACCUGCCGCGUACCAACAUGUCGGCGCGCAGCUACAUCGUCUGCCUCUUCCUCUUCUGCUACAUCGUGCCCUGCUCCGUCAUCUUCCUCUCCUACCUCUUCAUCCUGCUGACGGUGCGCGGCGCCCGGCAGGCCGUCCAGCAGCACGUCUCGCCCCAGAACAAGAUCACCAACGCCCAGACACUCAUCGUCAAGCUGUCGGUGGCGGUGUGCAUCGGCUUCCUGACGGCAUGGAGUCCCUACGCGCUGGUCUCCAUGUGGGCAGCGUUUGCGGGUGGCGACCCCGACGACAUCCCUCCCAUCGCCUUUGCUGUGGCCGCCGUCUUCGCCAAGUCCUCCACGCUCUACAACCCGAUGGUCUACCUGCUCUUCAAGCCCAACUUCCGCCGGCUGCUGAAACGGGACGCCACGCGCUGCUGCCGCACCAUAUGCCACUGCCUCUGCCCAUCCACCGCCGUGGCCGACCAGAAGGUCCACUCAUGCGAGGCGGGCCGGCGGGGCCAGGGCAUCAAAGACGAUGGCAACUCCACGCGGCUAUCCAAUGGCCUGGGCGAGACCCACUCGGCCUGCAGGCACUGCCCCGUGGGGGGCGGGGACCACAGCCUGGACGUUACACCGCUCAGGACGGCACGCAUCCUCGCCGGGUCCACCAACAGCGAGAUGGCCGUCAGCCAACUCUCCAACGACCAAAGUGACUUCCUGUAG